AUGUGCUUCCCGGUACCGGUGGAGGUGGAGGAGGAAGAUGAGGGCCUGUUUCUAGACUUUACCCACAAGCAUUUGAGUAUAUAUCAAUUCUAUUUUGCUUAUUCUCAGGGGAUAAUUAAUUCGAUCUGUGCGCGAAUGGAUUCAACAACAUCUUCGUCAUUGCCAAUUGCGAGUAGAGAUGCAGAGGCUGCGGUGGGGACUGUUUCGGAUUUUGCUCUCUCGGUUACUGCUGGGUUCGCUAAGGAGGCUACCCUGCGCUUCCAAGCGGGGAAGUUCGCGGACUGUCUGAAAGUCUUGAAUGAGCUCUUGCGAUUAAAAGAGAACGAUCCAAAGGUUCUUCAUAACAUAGCAAUUGUGGAGAACUUUCAAAAUGGUUUUUCAGAUCCUAAAAGGCUUGUUGAAGCUCUCGAAGAUGUUAAGAAACGAAGCGAGGAGCUUGCUGUUGCAUCUGGAGAGCAGACGGAGGCUGUUAGCAACAUUGGAAGCAAAAACACGGUUGGAACAAAAGGAAGUAAUUGUAUGGCACAAGGAUUUUCUAGUUCACCAAUUGUAUACAAUGAUGAGUUUGACACUUCAGUGGCAAUGUUUAACAUAGCAGCUACCUGGUUCCACCUUCAUGACCAUGCAAAAUCAUUUUCAUAUUUGGAUGCUUUGUAUCAGAACAUUGAACCUAUUGAUAAGGGGACAUCUCUUCGUAUUUGCGUUCUGUUGCUAGAUGUUGCAUUGCUUUCUGGCCAUGCAUCAAGAUCUGCAGAUGUGAUAAGCUACGUGGAGAAGGCUUUUGGCGUUAAUAGCUUGAUCAAUCAAGUGGAUAACGGUAACCAAGCACAGCAGCAACCUACACUAGUACCAAAAUCUACUUCGCUUCCCAACAAUUCGACAAUUCCUGAUUCUUGUACUUCUGACUCUGUUACUGCUGCAAAUACCUUAGAAAAUUCUUUAUAUAGAACUGUAUCAGACGAAGCACUUGAAGAAGAAUCGUUGCAGUUAUUAUCUUCUCUUGAUAUCGGUGGACAGAACCUUCAGAGGCCUGGCCUCCCAUUUACCAAUGAUCUUCUCAGGAUGCAAGCUGAGGAGCCCUUAUCAGCCAUUGAUCUAAGGCUUAAGCUGCAUUUUUACAAGGUUCGGUUUUUUCUGCUCAUCAGGAACCUUAAGGCAGCCAAGCGCGAAGUUAAGAUGGCUAUGAACAUAGCUCGUGGUAAAGAUUAUACCAUGGCUCUCUAUUUGAAAUCACAGCUUGAAUCUGCUCGAGGUAACCAUAGCAAAGCAAUCAAGCUUUUGAUGGCAUCUAGUAGCCGCACGGAAACAGGAAUUUCUAGCAUGUACUACAACAAUAUCGGUUGCAUAUAUUACCGACUUGGGAAGCAUCACACUUCAGGUGUAUUCUUUUUUAAAGCCCUAAAUAGCAGCUCACUCAUACGGAAGGAAAAACCUCUGAAGCUCAUGAGUUUUUCACAGGAUAAAUCCCUUUUUAUAACAUAUAAUUGUGGUGUCCAUCAGUUGACUUGUGGGAAACCUUUCCAUGCUGCUCGUUGCUUCAAAGGGGCCAGUCUAAUUUUUAACAACAGACCUCUUCUAUGGCUACGAAUAGCUGAGUGUUGUAUAAUGGCAUUAGAAAAGGGACUAAUCCAUUCCAUUUCCUCUGCAUCUGACAGAUCUGAUAUCAGGGUUAAUGUUAUUGGAAAGGGAAAAUGGAGGCAACUUGCAGUGAAAAAUGGAAUCCCGACCAAUGAUGAGCAGGAAUCUGUUCGAAAGGAAGAUUUGUUUUCUGGUGACGGCAAACAGCCUGAUCUCUCGAUGCCUCUUGCCCGUCAGUGUCUUGUCAAUGCUUUGCAUUUAAUGAACUGUUCUGAAGAAAUAUUUUCUUGGCCUAGUUUUGAGGAGAGUGAAUCAAGAGAGACACCAUUUUCUCCUAGCACAAACCGCAAGAAUGUAGCUAGUGGUGAUCCCAAGACAUCUGAUGUAGCAUCUGACUCAAGUCAGGUAGAUGCAAAUGGUGAAAUGAAAGAGCAGAAAGGUGGAAGCAGUCAGAAUACAAUGUUACAGAACGUCGCUUCUGACUAUGAAAAUAUUUGUGCAAAAGAGAACCAUAUGAUAAAGCAAGCUGUAUUUGCUGAUUUGGCAUAUGUAGAGCUGGCUAUGGGUAAUCCGCUGAAGGCCUUAAAGAUAGCAAGAUCUCUACUAAAACUGCCCCAGUGCUCAAGAAUAUACAUGUUUCUUGGAAGAAUAUAUGCAGCAGAGGCUUUGUGCCUACUUAACCAGCCUGAGGAAGCUGCUGAGCAUUUGAUCAUGUACUUGUCUGGUGAUGACUCUGUGCAGCUCCCAUACAGCGAAGAGGAUUGCGAAAAGUGGAGAGUACAGAAAGUGAUGGAUUGUGAAGAGUCAAAUGGUGCCUCAUCGAUGGAUGAUUCGCAAGGACCAUUUUUCUCCACACCUAUAGAGGCUCAGGGAAUUCUUUACGCCAACUAUGCUGCCAACUAUGCAUUGCUGGGAGACAUUGAAAGGGCUCACCAAUUUGUGGUGAAAGCAUUAUCUGUAAUACCUAACCGUAAACAGGCUAUUCUUACCGCAAUUUAUCUGGAUCUUAAGCUCGGGAAGGCACAAGAAGCUGUUGCCAAAUUGAGAAAGUAUACCGGUGUUCGGUAUCUCUCUUGCAGUACAACAUUGCAAGGCUGUUCAUGA